AUGACUAGGGAUACUAUUCUCUGCGGUGAUUUCAAUGCUCGGUUGGGUCCUCUGACUGGUGAUGCUAUCUACAAUGCUCGUGGUAAUGCUCUCAAACCUUGGUUUGACGAACAUUGCUUAUCUGUGCUUAAUGCGUCUUUGGCUUUUGGUGUCAAGACUUAUUCUUCUUUUCGGCAGCAGCAAGAAUUGAGUAGUAUUAUCGAUUUGUUUCUGACAAAUAUUGGUGAUGUUGCUUUGGUGAACCCUCAACUGGUGGUUGAGUCUGAUCUGUCUCUUGGUUCUGACCAUCGAUUGAUGUCACUUACUUUCGGGUAUGUGCCACCUCUCGAUGACACUGUGGCUCCUGGUGAUUCUGUUCUGGCUCCUAGGCGGCAAUGGAAGCUCUCGAAAUUGACGAAAGAGAGGCCUUUGGGCCUACUCCGUGAAUCCUUUCGAUCUUCUGUUGCUCCUCUGGUUGUUACUCUCUCUGGUUUGGUGUCUGCUCCUCCUGGUACUCGUCCCGACAUUGAUGCACUCAACGGUUCUUUGAACCAAUGUUUGUAUGAAUGUUUGGAUAGCUCAAUAGGUGUGAAGUCUGGCCGUCCUGGCCAUUGGAAGAAAUACUGGACGCAAGAGAUCCAAGACGCUGCUACUGAACGGGAUCGUCUCUACAGUCGAUGA